AAAAUCUUCCUAAUACAUAUUUAUGAAAGUUUUUCUAAUACAUAUUAUACUUAUUACGACACUUUUUUAUAACCUCAAAUUCAGAAAGAUAUCAUAUAUAUAUUUAUAAAUUCAGAAAGAUAUUGUAAAUAUUGAAGAAAAUUUCCCAAAACUUUAUUUUUAAAGAAAAAUGGUUCUCUAAAAAAAAAUCUCUGAAAAAAAUCAAAAUAAAAAAAAUUGAAAUUUUUUUGUAGAUUUUUUUCUAAAAUAUUUGGUUAAAUAUUUAUUUAUUUUAGAAAUCUAUAGAGCAUGAGUAUAGUUUUCGUUUACCUAUUUAAUAGAAUCUAUUUUAGUCAUUUUAACCCUUAAUACUUAUUUUGUGAUAAAAAAAAACUAAUGUUAUUUGAGAGUAUUUUUGAGUAAACAAUACACAACACAAUCAAAAAUAUUAAUGUUAAUUAAACCAUAUAAUCAUUAAUGAUAAAAAGGUUAUGCAAAAAUACUUAAAAUUAUAAUACUAAACCGUAUACAAUUUGUAUAAUAGAUUAAAACAUCCACAUGAUCGCACUGAUGAUCUAGUCACAUUUAAAAACCUACAUUUUUUUAAUUCUUCUUGCUAUUCAUUGCGGUAACAUAAAUUUUUAUUAGUUUGAAAUUUGCAAGGGAGGAACAUGCUGUUUUAAAAAAAAAAAUGUAUUACGCAAAAUAUGGAAAAGUAAAAAAAAAAACAUUUUGUUUUUAAUCUGGGCCGUUAAUCCGACGGUUGAGGAAAAUCAACCUUCUGGUAGGUAGGUGCGUUGGGUCUAUCUAUAAAUAUGACAUGAACGUAGCUUCAGAGACAGAAGUGAGAGGAGAGCGAAAAAAAAAGCGACCAGAGAUGUUCUUCCACAUAGUUUUGGAGCGCAACAUGCAAUUACAUCCACGAUUCUUUGGUCAAAACCUUCGUGAAAACCUCGUCUCUAAGCUCAUAAAAGAUGUCGAGGGCACUAUCAGUGGCCGACAUGGGUUUGUAUUAGCGGUAACUGGAAUAGAAAGCAUAGGAAAAGGAUUGAUCCGAGACGGGACUCCUUUCGUCACCUUCCCUGUUAAGUACCGAUGCGUUGUUUUCAGACCUUUCGAAGGCGAGGUUCUGGAAGCUGUUGUCACACGGGUCGUUCAGCACGGAUUCUUCGCUGAAGCUGGCCCUCUUAAGAUUUUUGUGUCCAAUCAUUGCAUACCAGAUGAUAUGGAGUAUCAGGCUGGUGACAUGCCUACUUACACAAAAUCAGAUGGAUCAGUUAGGAUCCAGGAAGACUGUGAAGUGAGACUAAAGGUCUUUGGCUUUAGUAUCGAUGCCACAGAGAUCUCCUGUGUGGGUAGCAUCAAAGAAAGAUUUUUGGGGCUCAUAACCGAUCCUGGAGCCGUUGCAUAAGAAAAGUCUCAGUCAGACUUCGAUGUUACUUUUAUACAGAGGAUGACUUGUGAUAAAUGUUAUAUUGUAAGCGUUGAUGUAUCCGGAAUAACUAUUAGAACAGAUGAUAUAUUUGUUGGUUGUUGAUUCAGAGUAAUGGACAAGGCAAAACAAUAAUAUAAAGAAAUUAAAUGA